AUGAGGACCGUGAGGAAAGGCGCUUUGCUACUCACUCUCGAAGAGCCGAUUCUUGUUGACAAGCUACAGAAAAUCCUUCACAAGUGCAAUCCACCAACAUGCCACCUAGGCAGUGCAGCCGAGAAAGUCGACCCUUGCAAAUCAACGAGGAAGUCAAUCAUCAUCGCUCAAAUCGCGAAGGUCGCCAAAGUGAUCGAACAUCAAUGUGUGCGGAAGACGUUGAGAAGCUUGUGA